UUCACCUUCCUCUAUUCUUCAUUAAAAAAGUACAUAGAAUACGGAUUGACUAUUCACCUCAGACCUUCGUCCAUGGCGGCACACGGUGGCUCUUCCUCUUCUCCGCCUCCUCAGGAAAACCCGAUUGCAGAGGACGACUUGGACUUGAUAUAUGGAGCUGAGUCGGGUUGGGUCGAGGCCCGGACUUGCUGCGAUCACUUGGCUUCUCUCUCCUCCGACCUCGUUCACAUUCCGACACCUGAUACUCACUGCAACAGAUGCCAGCACCCGAGUGAGAACUGGUUAUGUUUGUGCUGUAAGGAAGUUCUCUGCAGCCGUUUUGUUAACAAGCAUAUGCUGCAGCAUUAUCAGCAGAUACAUCAUUGUCUCGCUCUUAGCUACAGUGACCUCUCAGUUUGGUGUUUCUCCUGCGAUGCAUAUUUAGAUGCUCAACUGAUCCCACAAUUGCAGCCUGUAUAUGAGACUGCAUACCUACUGAAGUUUGGCGAGGCCCCACCAGUCCGAACUGCAUAAUGGCCAACAUGGGAGAUCAGCAACUUGAGAGUUGAGUAACAAUUGGGUUUUUCUUAGUUGAGGAGUUGCUUUAAAAGGAUGUUCAUAUCUGUGUUACUGUUGCAUCCAACAACUCAUUAUAUACUAAGUUUUCCUUUGAACACUAGGUAGUGUUCCCUUGUUAAGGUGUUAUACAGUGGAGUAUGUUUCCCAGUGUUCUCUACAUAAGAUUAUGCACCAGGACUUCAUUAGCCUUUAGUGGAAUGGUUCAUACCCACUGAGGUUUGGUGAGGCCCCGCCAGUCCGUACUGCCUAACAUGAGAAAUCAGCACCUUGACAAUUCCAUUUGUCAGAUUAGCACAUUACCCUAAUUGGUAUUUUCCUAGAUUUAGAGAUGCUUUAACAAGAAUAUUCAUGUGUUAUUGACUAUGUUG